AUGUUCCGACCAACGCCAACCCCUCUAUUCCGAGCUUCGCUCCGCCACCUCGCAUCGGCAUCAAACCAACCCAUCCCACCAGGCUCCGAACUUAACGCAGUCAAACGCACCGCAUCCACCAUCCUCCCUCCCAUCAAACUCUAUCGUCGUCUACUCCGCGCUCAUCGUCAUCUUGAUGCUGACAUGCGUGCUGUCGGCGACAACUAUAUCAAAGACGAAUUUCGAAGACAUAGGGAUAUUGACAAUCCGCUGCAGAUUGUAGGAUUCUUGAGUUCAUGGAAGAUGUACCUGGAUCAGUUGGAAGUGCAACAAGGUGCACUGGGGGGUUUCAGAGGAAAGAGACUGGAUGCGGAGCUGUUGGAAAAGAUGUCGGACGAACAGAUUUAUCAGAUUCAUGAAUUGAUGACGGCUACUCAGGAGGCCUAUUCGGAGAAUGCGAAGGGUAGUCCGCCGGCGCAGGGGCAGAGGGAGAUGGCUGAGAAGGCAGCGAAGGAGGCUGGUGUUCGGGUUAAGGAUGGUAAGUAG